AUGCAUGAAAUUGAAAAGCAACUGGAUAGCAAAGGAAACAAAAAGAGCUCACGACAACGCAGUGUCUCCAGUUGUGACUGCACUGUUCUGGUGGGAGAUGCCCAGUUCCGCGCGCACCGAGCUGUACUGGCUUCGUGCAGCAUGCAUUUCCACCUCUUUUACAAGGACCAGCUGGACAAAAGAGACAUUGUUCAUCUGAACAGCGACAUUGUUACAGCCCCUGCUUUUGCUCUCCUGCUUGAAUUCAUGUAUGAAGGGAAACUCCAGUUCAAAGACUUGCCCAUUGAAGACGUGCUAGCAGCUGCCAGUUAUCUCCACAUGUAUGACAUUGUCAAAGUCUGCAAAAAGAAGCUGAAAGAAAAAGCUACCACGGAGGCAGACAGCACCAAGAAGGAAGAAGACGCUUCAAGUUGUUCGGACAAAGUUGAGAGCCUUUCUGAUGGCAGCAGUCACAUGGCAGGCGACCUGCCCAGUGAUGAAGAUGAAGGUGAAGAUGAUAAGUUGAACAUCUUGCCCAGCAAAAGGGACUCAGGACAGGGAACUGAGGAACACAUCAUAGACUCAGUUUCAGUAGUCGUCUCUGCUUCAGCCAAUAUAAAGAACAGCAGUUCUAGUCAUAGCAAUCACUUCAAAUAUGCCAAGUUAUAA